GCGGAUUCGAGUCGCACCGACGUCACGGAAGAAGCCUGAAAUUUUCGUUGAACACUUAUAUUUUGUCCUACCAAAACAUUUUACCAUGGGUAAAAACAAGCAGGCGCAACGUACCAAGAACAAUGCACGGCCAUCAAAUAGUAGUCGUAGUGCAGAACUUUUGGGGACUGCAAUGCCUAAUUUUGUUGGGUUCUCAGCAGUUAAGGAUGGAGGAUAUGUUCCUGUUCUACCUGGUUUAUCCUUUGGUUCCUUAAAUGAGGUUGAGAUGAAUAGUGUAGAUUCUAAUUUUCAAAUAAUUUUGAAAAAAAUGAGCAAGAAGGAUGCUACGACAAAAUACAAGGCAUUACAAGAGUUUGCAACUCUAUGUCAAGAUGCUGAGUUAUUAGCAAUGGAAGGUAUGUUGCCGUUUUGGCCGAGAUUUUACUGUGUUCUAUCCAUUGAUAUAGAUCACCGAGUGAGAGAAGCUACGCAGUUGGCGCAUGCAGUAGUUGUUAAACGUGCAGGCAAACGCAUAGCAAUGUAUCUAAAACAAUUGGCUGGUGCUUGGUUUACUUCCCAAUAUGACACAUAUCCUCCAGCAGCCUCAGCUGCUACCAACUCUUUUAACAGCACAUUUCCACCUUGGAAAAUUGUUAACGCGAUUGUUCACUGUCAGUGUGAAAUUUUAUUAUACAUUAGCAAUAAUGUAAUUGUGCACACGGCUCAAACAUUAUCGAUGCAAAAGUCCCUUUCCAAUGAGGAAAUGGAAGCCAAAUAUGAAAGAGUACUGACGGCAAAUCUUCAAGGGUACAGUUAUUAUUUCAAAAAAGUGCCACUCGUUGAAAUCGAUAAAACUUUGGAGAUUCACAACAAAAUUUUGAGUAGUUCGAGGUUUUGGAAGCUGGCUAAACACGAUGCUUUGCCAAUAAGAACAGCAUUUUUCAAUGUGCUGGCGGCUAUAAUGGACAAUGCAGGCAAGUUAUUACAAAAUGAAAAAAAAAGGGCAAUGAUUACUAUUAUGAACAGUAUUGAUGAAUCCGAACCUGCCAUUUUAUCAGCUGUGUGGGAAUCGAUGCUGAUAGCUACAACGAAAAUUGAAGAUUGGCAUCUUGUUGUAAAUAUUAACAAACUCGUUCUCCCAAAAUUGUGGAACGUUUUACGAUCCGGUGGCCAAAGCUGCGCUAGCACUGUUUACCCAAAUCUGCUGCCCUUUGUCAGUCAAUUUCCGAAGUUUAAUGUCGAUAUAGCUGAUCUGUAUACGAAUUUCUUUAAUAAUAUGCGCCAAGGAUUUUCUGUCAAAAGUGUGCAAAUGAGCCGUUCAGAAACGCUCGCUGUGACAACGUCUUUCGUCGAAUGCUUACGUUAUUCGACUCUUGUAAAUACCGAAAAUGUAAAUUUAUGCAUUCGGCUCCUUAAAGAACAGCUUAUGCCUCUUAUAGAAGCUUGCAUGACGGAUAAUAACUUUAUGAAACAAUAUUGUUUUCCCGAAAUUACGAGUCUAAUACGAUACUGGAGCAAACAUCGUACUAAUGACAAAUAUAAAUCGUAUGUUUCUUUAAUGGAACAGUUCUGGAUUGAAUUGCCAUUAUUGUUCGAUAGAUUUAUGAACAUGUCAAAGGGAAUUGCAAAUAAUGUAGAUGAAAAAGAUUGUCAUAUCGAAUUUUUAUUAAAUUUAAAAAAUGUACCAGAUUGCACCCGUAAGAAAUUGAAAGUAAAAUUUUCUGAUCCAAGUGACUCGAUUAUUGUGAGUGAGUCAAAGGUAAAAGUUAUCGAUGCUUAUGUAGAUACUGUUUUUAAUGCAGAACUUUGCACAUUUGUAAAUAGGCUCUGUACAAUUUACUUUAAUUCGAUAAAUGUAUCGAUAAAUGAUUAUCUGUAUAAGGAGUAUAUCGGGCAGUUGAAUAGGCUUAUGAAACACUUUGCAAGUAAAGAAUUGUUUAUUGCAUUUUCAAAAUCGUUCAAAUUUGAUGACUUCUUUGAAUUUUACGACAAGAGCUUGAAACUUCUAUUGUUGCAAAAAUCAGAAAUGGCUGAACAAGUUCUUGAAUUAAUAUUCCACUUUAUCACAUAUAUAAAUGACGCAGAAAAAGAUAAAGUUCUAAAAUCAUUGAUCGAAUUAAAUGAUAUUGCAGUAACAAGGAAUGUUAUAUACUGCAGUCUGUCUGAAAAUAACAGAAACGAUAGCGUAAUUAAAAAGUGGUAUACACAAGCUAACAUACCGAAACUAUUAAUUGAUGUAGCUAAGGAAAUUGCUUUGAGAUGUAAAGAUGAACAAUAUAAUUUCGAAAGAAAUCAAAAUCUGAUUUUGUUAGCUUUCGAAAUUUCGGAAAUUAAAGAUUUGUUGAUAAACGAGGAAGGAGCAAAUGAAAUUGUAUCAAUUCUAUGUGAUUCAUUAAAUGGAAGUGAUGACGCUUGUUCCAUGCAAUUUAUUGCAUUUAUAACAGAAUUGAUGAGUUUAAUGUGGAGUCAUAAACAAACAGUAUCAAAUGCUGUACAAAUAUUGGAAACACUUUUUGAAUUAUGCACUCGGGAACAUGAUGAUUUAACUGCUGAUACCGUGCUCAACAGUUGGAAAGAAGGAUUCACAAAAAGUAGUCAAAUAUUAUCUGCCUUUGAAUUUAAAGAUCUUAUUAAAAAAUGCGGAAUUAUUAUAUGGAGCAAAAUAUAUAAUGCACACGUGGAUUCUAUUAAGGAUACAUUGGUAGAUUUGGCAACAGAUGUUUUAGAAAUAAUAAUUGAUAGCAUUGACAAAGCUCAUUGCAUUGAAGAGACUAUUAUGUCAUUCUUAACGGCAUUAGAUAUAAAAUUAUGGAUUGGAGAAACAACUGCUCUUGCAAUAUAUGGCGAAGUUUUAACAGGUUGUUUAUAUAUGCCAAAUGUUGAGACAAAAAUACGAAUUUUGCAACAGCCUACUAUUAUCGAUAUAACGAAUGAUAUAACUUCGGAUAAUACGACAAAUUGUUUAUCAUGGGCUUUAUUUAUCACAGAUUUGCUUAAUAAUUUAUACAAGAGGCUAAAAAGCUCGAAUUUAGAGAAUGCUGAUACAUUCUCAGAAUCAGAAAAAGAAAAUUUUGAAUUAAACGAUUUAAAUUUACCAGGAAUCACGGAAAUACUGAUAAAUAUCAUGUAUGUGGUUAGUAUAGCGAAUAUAUACAGUAAACAUUAUAGCUCCACUAAACAUUACAAUGAUGUUGAAAAACUUCGUGAGUCGGUAAAAAACAGUUUUAUCGACUUAUAUAAAUAUUUUGCAAAAAAUAUUCAUGGUGAUGUAUUAUUACGUGUGCGAACAAAUCAGAAAAAUUACGGGUGUAUGCUACCAUAUAUAAUUUAUGCACAUCACAUCGAAUUUUUCUCGAAAGAUCAAACUGAUGACCCCAUGGUAUAUUUUGAAAAUUACAAUGAUAAUGAAAAUGCAGAAGUAUAUAAUGAUGAGACACAUAUGCAAAUAGUACAAAUCUUAAACUCUUAUUGGCAUAAAGAUUGGCCAGAUAAUAUUCUGCAAACAUUAUUAACACGCAAUGAAAUUCAUACACUAAUUGCUACAAGAACCAUGAUAACUGACUCUUCUAGACAUCAACUUCCUGAACUAUAUGAUACUAUUGUAGACAAAAUUAUGCUACGUCUUGAUGAUAUUUUUGCGAUUUUAGAUCACGAUAUCUCUGAGAUUUCCUGGAAAAAACUGCUGUUGCCGCUAGAAGUUAUAAGAUUACUUACGACAAUUGUUCAAAAUAUUCCAUGGAAAUUGAAGCAUUCACACUGGGAUAUUAUCCUGAUAUCUCUCACAAAGUGGCAACAGUUACUUAAUACAGCCAAACAUAUUUAUAUUGAUAUUAAAAUAACAACGUUAAUGACGGCGCUUAGUCAAUUAUAUUGUGCAGUUGAAGCCGUAAUGAACAAACAUGAGGCGGAACCAAUACCAGAGUUACCCGCAACACUCUUAGACGAAUGGAAAAAUGUAAUUGCUGGCAACGUAUAUAACGGAAUCGUCCAAACCUGGAUAUUUUAUGCGGAUUUAUGCAAUCAGAAUACAGAUCCUCUAAAAUCUGUUAUUUUAUUGAAUUAUUUGGGAGAGGCAAUUUGUGCAUUUGAGAGUAACAUAUUAUUCAAGAAAUAUGACGAGCAGAUCGAAACAAUUGACUUUAAUGAGAUGUUAAAGCUGUCUUUAAAAUUACUACGAUCUCCUGUACCUAAUAUUCAAUUGGGUGCCUAUUAUACAUUGAAGUAUAUGGUACCGGAACUUGUACAGCAUGACAAAGUUCUUGCCGAGUCUGACAAUUUUAAGCCGAGCAGUCUCAAUGUUAUAAAAUUCGAAGAAGUACUAUCAAAUACACAGAAUAUUGUAAAUACAAUGCUCAUGGAAUUCAAAUUGUGUGAUACAAUCAGCUGCACAAUUCAACCGUUUACAGAUUCUUACACGUAUACAUUAGGAUAUCUGUUAGCAUGGGCAAUUGUAUUAGAUAUCUGCGAAAAGGCUCAUAAUGAUUUACGAUAUCAGUACGCUGAAAUAUUAAAACCUGAACUUUUCCCUUGCUUGUUGAAUAAUAUUUUCAAGCUAAUGCCCGUGGAAGUACUACAAGAUAAUAAAAAUAAAACUAUAAAACUAUUGGAAUUAUUUACUACUGCUCCAGUUUUUCGUUUUAAAGAAGGUUGGACGGAGGAGAGAUUAGAUCAUAUUGUAUGUUGGUUAUAUACAAACUGCUUACGGCGUCUACCAGUAUUAGUUAGACAGUGGCUGAGCACGGUUGAUAGUAGAGUCAGUGCAACAGUAGACAAGAUUACAAGUCAUUAUGUCAGUCCUAAACUUUGUGAAGAUGAACUUCUUUACAGUAGACUACAAUUGGCUAAUGUUGAAAAUAUGCAGGUAAAAGUGCACUCAACAGCAAGGGAAGUAAUAGCCGAGUACCAAAUGGAAGACACGAAAUUAGAAUUAAGUAUAGUGCUACCACCAAACUAUCCUUUAGGUAGAGUAACGGUAGAAUCCGGUCAAGAAAUAGAUGGUACAGCAAAGGGAAAAAAUUGUCACACACAACUCUCUAAAUUUCUUACACAUCAAAAUGGUUCUGUUUGGGAUGGUCUUCUAAUGUGGAAACGUAAUUUGGAUAAGAAAUUUGCAGGUGUCGAAGAGUGUUACAUAUGCUUCAGUAUUUUUCAUAUUAGUACAUAUCAACUUCCAAAAUUGUCAUGUCACACUUGUCGUAAAAAGUUUCAUACUCGUUGCUUGUAUAAGUGGUUCAACACAAGCCAAAAAUCCACCUGCCCGAUUUGCAGAAACGUAUUUUAAUCUUGAUUUGGAAAGUUUUUGUCUAUAGCAAUAAAAUAUCCAUGGUACAGAAAUAAAGUAAAAAUAAUACAGUGAAAGAGAUUAUAAAAUAUAUUAUUACAAUAUGCAUUACAAUAUAUAUACCAAUAUGUAUUAUUACAAGAACUGAACAUAUAAUGUGAUAUAAUAUAAGCUUACAACAGUCUAUAAAGAAAUAUCUUAUUGAAAAAUAAUUGCAUAACUAAUGACCAGAUAAUUUGCAGAAGAGAGAGAAAAGCUUUUUUCUCAUUUAUUUUGGAUUUAUUAUUUGCACACUUUAUGAAUUUAUUGCUUCAUGAUGAUAUUUGUAUUAUUUUGUAUUUUUUUUACGUUUAAAUUAUUCUGAUGGCGCGGAUAAUCUAUUAUACAAUCAAUGGAAUUGGUAUGCCGUUUAAGAUAUGUAUACGUUACAUUAUUUUUUAAGUUGUAAAGAAAAA